AUGAAAUUUCUCUCUAAGUUACUAUUAGUCUAUGUUUUGAUCAUUUGGUCAUAUAAUUUGGUAUUAGGUUCCAGUUCCGAUGAAUCCUCAAGUUCUGAUAAUGAAGAGGUAACAGUUACUCAUUCGAAAAAAAUCAAUGGUAAAGUAGUAACUCAAAGCACUACCCACAAAACUAAAACUAAAAAGAGGAAGAAGAAAGAAUAUAUAAGAUCACAAAAAGGUGAAUAUUCUGGUUCUAAUUAUGGUGAUUAUUCAUCAAGUUCUUCAGAUGGUUCCGAAUCAUCAAAGAAUGAUUCAUCAGAUUCUGAAGAGGAAACCAUUGUGACUACUAAGCGAAAAGUCGGAAACCGUGUUAUCGUGACAACUACAAAAACCGUCACCAAAGUUACAAGUAUAAAGAAAAAGGAUAAAAAAAGAUCAAGAAAAAGGAGAAAAAUAAGACACUUAAGAGGAACAGAUCAAGAAGAGUCUUAUGAUGAAUUGUUAAAACCGGAAAAGACAGAUAAAUCAAGUCGUGAUUUAAAUUUGCACAUUAGAGAUAUUAUAGCCAUUGAAGAAGGCGGUAUGACGACUCAACCUCAAAUUGCAAUAACAUCUCCAAAAAUAAGUAUUGAUAAUUUUGGAUUAUUUCCAAUAACACAACCAGAAGAUAAAUCGAACCAAGUAUCUGGUUCAACAAAUCUUGAUGAUUCAUUUUAUAGCACAAUUCCAAAGACUCCUUCACCUGAAACAGUUGAUGAUAUAUCUGAUGAAGAUAAAAUACCUGAUGAAGAUAAAAUACCAGAUGAAGAUAAAGAUAAAGAUGAAGAUGACGAAACGGAUGAUGAAACUGAAAGAGAAGAUAAAGAACUUGAUGCUAGCAUAAAUGAAAAUAUUUCAGAGGAUAAUGAAAUUUAUAAUCAAUCAUUUGAUGAUGAAAAUGUAGAAAGUGAAAAUGAAUCGAUUCAACAUGUCGAUCAUUCUAAUAAGCCAGAUGACCCUGAAAUAGUCAAAGUAGAAAUGGAAUCAGAUAUAGAAUCAGAAGGACAUGAUGAAAAUGAUCAAGAUGAAGAAAUUGAUUCGGAAUAA